AUGGAAGAAAAAAAAGAAUUUCGUUCAUUUGUAUUACAAUUAAAGCAAUUUAAUCCAUCAUGGGAAGCCAAAGACAUCACAAAUUUUCUUGUUCAAUCAGAAAAUCCACCAUCUUAUACAACAAAAAAUGGUUUAAGGCUAAAAAUUUGGAGAAUUCUAAAGCGAAAUCAAGUAAACGAUUUACCAAGAUCUGGUGCACCUCGUACUACAGCAACAAAUGAAUACAUUCAGUCUGUAAAACUUAAUCUACAGCUCACCAAAAAUGCAUCUAUUAGAAAUGUCAAUAGGAAGCUUCAACAACAAGGAUUUAAUACAUCGAGGACAUCAGUUUGGCGAGUGAAAGAAUCAUUAAAUUUAAAGUGGUGGAAGAAAGAAACAGUUCAAAAAUUAACAACUAAUCAAAAGCUACAACGUGUUUUUGUAGCAAAACAAUUACGAAGGAAAUAUGGUGUUCGAAAAGAAGGUAAACUUUAUGAUUGGGUUUAUGUUUUGGAUACCGAUUUUAGUGGCACAUUCACACUAACUCCUCAAUCUAACAAGCAUAAUGAAGGUGUUUAUGCUGAAUUUAAAUAUGACAUACCAUACGAAUUAAAGACUAGAUCAAAAGAAAAAUUUAAAAAAAGUGUCAUGUUGUGGGGAGGUAUUUCUUAUCAAGGAUUAUUUCCUAAAGGUUCUCCAAUCUUUGUCGACGAGUGGCUGAAUCUUGUCAGACCAGAAAACAGUAAUCGACAAAAGAAAAUGUAUUUUACUGGUGAACGAUAUGCAAAAUUUAUUCAAUCUAUUGUUGCAGAAAAAGCAAAUAAAGAAUUUGAUGAUUUACAUGUUAUCUUCCAGGAUGAUCAAGAUCGUAAGCAACGGAUGCAAGUUGCCCUGAAUGCUGUUAAUCAUGUUUUUCCUAAUCGAAUUGAACCAAAAGAUUGUGCUGCUAAAUUAGCUGAUGUCUGGCCUAUUGAGAAUGUUUGGGGUAUCCUCAAGGAGAAACUACAAGGGCAACAAUAUAAUAAUAUUGAACAUUUAAAAACUGUUAUAAAAAAUGAAUGGAAUCAGAUCAGUGUAUCUUUAUGUCGACGAAUGAUUGAUAAAAUACCACAAAGAUUAAAAUUAAUUAUUGAUGAAGGUGGUAACCAAAUACAAACAUAUUGA